GCUGCUGUUUCCUGCUGCCAUUUCCUACGCGGAUCUUCACGGAAAUAUCAUCAACAGUCUGAAGAAGCUGCAGCUCGGAUCCUCAGUCGGUUUGCAACAGGCUGCUUUAAUCCGUCAUUUUAAAAGAGUCACGUGCUGAUGGUGGAUAGCAGGCCGGGUUAAUGAUGCAUGUUUGUGUUCGGUUAUUCCUGUAACACAACCACUGCUACUGGAAGAUCGUUUUUAGAAGACCAAAUCAUCGAUAUGGGGUUUGCUUUUUACAGCUACUGAGCUAUUAACUUUAAGAUUUUAUCAAGGUGAGACAUGGAGACAAUAUGGCUUUAUCAGUUCCGUCUGAUCGUCAUCGGAGACUCUACGGUCGGCAAGUCGUGUCUGAUCCGGAGGUUCACUGAGGGCCGCUUCGCCCAGGUGUCGGACCCUACGGUGGGGGUGGACUUCUUCUCCCGCCUGGUGGAGAUCGAGCCGGGCAAAAGAAUCAAACUGCAGAUCUGGGACACAGCGGGACAGGAGAGGUUCAGGUCCAUCACCAGAGCGUACUACCGUAACUCAGUGGGGGGGCUCUUACUCUUCGACAUCACAAACCGCCGCUCCUUCACCAACGUCCACAACUGGCUGGAGGAGGCCCAGAGCCACGUGCAGCCGCACAACAUAGUCUUCCUGCUGGUCGGGCACAAGUGUGACCUGGAGGCCCAGCGGCAGGUGAGCCUCCAGGAGGCAGAGAAGCUGGCCGGGGCCUUCGGGAUGCGCUACGUGGAGACAUCGGCACGAGAGUCCAUCAACGUGGAGAAGGCGUUUGUGGAUCUGACGAGGGACAUCUUUGCGCUGGUACAGAGCGGGGACAUCAAGAUCCAGGACGGCUGGGAGGGCGUAAAGAGCGGACUUGUUCCCAACACGGUCCACUCCUCCGAGGAGGUCACCAAGGGCAACCGGCAGUGCUUCUGCUGACUCCCCCACUGCAGCAUGGGGGGCUGAUGGGCGGCCAUACUUCAGAGGACUCCUUCUGAAGGAGCUCUCUCUCCAGCCUCGGCUGCACGCAGACCACUUUUUGGAGACUCGUUCUAUUUUCCCCGCUCAGUUACACACCUUAAUUCUAUAAAUAAGACAUUGUUUAAU